CCUGCGAAUCGGUACGCGAAUCGCGUGCUGCCGAUCAUUUGACAGGCCAAGUUUGACAUCAGUGCAGAAAAAUGAGGUAAUAUCCGCAUCCUAAAAUCUCCGGUUUCUUUAAACUUCUGCAUCUCAAGCACCAAGAUGGGAGUCACCAUCGACUUCGAGGAGUGCCUCAAGGAUUCUCCCAAGUUCCGAGUGUCCCUGGAGCAAGUUGAGAAUGACAUCCAUGACUUGGAGACUAAACUAGAAAAGGUUAUAAAACUGUGCAAUGGAAUGAUGGAAGCUGGGAAAGCAUAUAAUACAGCAAAUGGGGCUUUUAUUAGGGGAGUUAAGGAGCUCUCUGUCUAUUUUAGAGGGGACCAACAAGUCAACGAUGCCUUGUGUAGAUUUGCAGAUGGGCUGACAGAAAUGCUGAAUUACCACACAAUUUUGUUUGACCAAGCCAAGAGGGCCAUCAGUAAAAACCUGGACCACUUUGUUAAAAAUGACUUGAAGAAAGUGAAGGACACUAAGAAGCACUUUGAGAAGAUCAGUGAUGACAUGGACGCGGCGUUGUCCCACCAGGCACAGACCAACAGGAACAAACUGCCUCUUUCUUGGUACAUCUUCAAGCUUCCUUAUCAUGUUGUAUUUUUUCCCCAUGACUUGAAGAAAGUGAAGGACACUAAGAAGCACUUUGAGAAGAUCAGUGAUGACAUGGAUGCUGCCCUGUCCCGCCAGGCGCUCAGGCCAACAAGAACAAACCACCUCUUUCUUGGUACAACUUCAAACUUAAUUUUCAUGUUAUGUUUCUUCUCCAGUGACUUGAAGAAAGUGAAGGACACUAAGAAGCACUUUGAGAAGAUCAGUGAUGACAUGGACGCGGCCCUGUCUCGCCAGGCCCAGGCUAACAGGAACAAACCCCAGGAGCUGGAGGAGACCAACAACAUCCUCACCGCCAUGAGGUCGUGUUUCGGGCACGUCACGCUUGACUAUGUCUUCCAGAUCAAUGUGGUACAGUCCAAGAAACGUUUCAAAGUCAUGGACACGAUGUUGUCCUUUAUGUAUGCCGUCAACACAUUCUAUCACCAAGGAUACGACCUCACCAAUGACCUUGAACCCUACAUGAAAACCGUGGCAGCCCAGUUGGAGAAGAUGACACAACAGGCAGCAGCUGAGAAAAAGGAGAUGGAAGAAAGACAUCUGUUAGUUCAGGAAAGGGAAAACUCCCUGAAGUCUCCCCCGAUGAGAUCCAGUUCUGUCAGCGACUCCUCGGAGGUGGUGAUGGAGGGGUACCUGUUCAAGAGAACAACAAAUGCCUUUAAGACAUGGGUCAGGAGGUGGUUCACCAUACAGAGUAAUCAGCUGGUGUAUCAGAAAAGAGUCAAGGCGUCCUGCCCAGAUGAGACGACAGUGGUUGUGCCAGACCUGAGAAUAUGCACCGUAAAACCAGCCGAGGAGACAGAGAGGAACUUCUGUUUCGAGAUUGUUUCUCCUACCAAGAGCUACACAUUACAGGCAGAGUCAGACAACCAGAGACAAGUCUGGAUACAGGCACUGCAGGCCAGCAUUGCUACUGCAUUUAGAGAAGGACACAGAGAGGAGAAUUUCCAGGAUCGUCUGCAAGACGACCCCAGAAGCCCAAGUGUUCUCUCUACCGUACCCUCCAUGCUGAACUCCUUACCACCUCUCAAGUCUGAAACUAAGCCAAAGAACACAAUGUUGAGACAAGUUCUGCAGAUUCCAGGAAACAAUGUGUGUUGUGACUGCAGACAAAAAGAGCCUAGAUGGGCCAGCAUCAAUCUGGGAAUUGUCCUGUGUAUAGAGUGUUCCGGGAUUCAUAGAUCGUUGGGAGUCCACCUGUCCAAAGUGAGGUCGUUGACGUUGGAUGCGUGGGAACCUGAAAUCCUUGGGGUCAUGUCUCUGUUGGGGAAUGAAGCCGUGAACAAAACGUAUGAGGCCAACUCCACUGAGUGUGCAGACAGGAGGGCGUAUCCAGACUGUCCAAGAUCAGUAAGAGAAUCGUGGAUCAAGUCCAAGUAUGUGAAGAAAGACUUCCUGAGGCCACUGCCUGGUAAAGUCACCGCGGACGGCGCGUCGCCUGCGCGGGGGCGGAAGCGCGUUAUUCGGAGAUGGAGCGUGAAGAAGUUUCCGGAGAGGUUCAAGUCGGUCCAUUCUGGAGAGGAGGAGGGGGAGGCUGUGAGCAGGUCCACAUCCAGCGGGUCGCUUCACUCAGGUGCCAGAUCAGACAGUGGACUUGAGGAGGCAGAAGACCUCUUAGUGUUUGGUGAAGAAGACUCAGAUGAAGACUCAGACCUGGAGGAGGAUAGACCCCCCCUUAGCGUCCCCCACAUUCUGAUCGUUCCUGACAUCCUGGAAGAAUUCCCCUUUCUGAGAGGUUCAGUAGGAGACAGAGAGUUGUCUGAAGACUGUGACGCUCCGACCAGGAGGUCAGCUGACAUGACUGAGGUGAUGGAGCUCAGUCAGCUGGACCCCAACAUGCUCCUCUACAAGGCAGCUUCCGCAGGAAACCUCCCCGUGCUGUCAGCAGCUCUAGCUCACGGUGCAGAUGUGAACUGGGUCAACUCAGAGGACACGAACAAGACUCCACUACACCAGGCUGUGGAGUCGGGUUCUAUAGGAGCCUGUGAGUUCCUACUCCUGAAUGGUGCUAAGUUAGAUGUGAAGGAUGGGAAGGGGAGAGCACCACUGCACCACGCUACUAUCCUGGGAAACACGGGGCAGGUUUGUUUAUUCCUGAAGAGGGGAGCAAACCAGCAUGCUGUAGAUGAGGAUGGGCAGGACCCCCUGGCCAUUGCACUCAGUACCACUAAUGCCGACAUCGUGACCUUACUCAGACUUGCCAGAAUGAAUGAAGAAAUGAAAGAGUCGGAGGGUUACGGAAACCCUGGUGAUGAGACUUUCUCAGAUGUCUUCAAGGACUUUUCCCAGCUUGCUUCCAACAACCCGUCAAGACUGAUGAGGGCAGAUGACAGAGCAGACGCACCUGACCAGACCUGAACCCUCACGAUGAUCAUCAUGAUGUGGGAUUGAAUGGGGCUACAGAACAUUCUG